GGUUCUCAUUGGCCCCAAUUUCAGGCUCCAAACAGGUAUGCGGGGAGCCUUUGGAAAGCCCCAGGGCACUGUAGCCAGAGUCCACAUAGGACAAGUCAUCAUGUCCAUCCGCACCAAACUGCAGAACAAGGAACAUGUGAUUGAGGCUCUGCGUCGGGCCAAGUUCAAGUUUCCUGGUCGCCAGAAGAUCCAUAUCUCCAAGAAGUGGGGGUUUACCAAGUUUAAUGCAGAUGAGUUUGAGGACAUGGUGGCUGAGAAGCGCCUCAUCCCAGAUGGCUGUGGGGUCAAGUACAUCCCAAAUCGUGGGCCUCUGGACAAAUGGCGUGCACUGCACUCCUGAGUGCCUCGGUGUGGGCUCCUGAUCUCUGCUCACCACC